CAGACAACAAGCUGCUCAUGGUGGUGGAGAAGAAGAAGAAAGCUGUGCAGAAGUGUGAGGAACAGCUGCUGAAGAUGGAGGUUCAGGCUACAGACAGAGAGGAGAACGAACAGAUCACCCUGAGCACCUCCAAACUCAACUGCCUGGAUCCACGCAUCAGCGUGGCCUGGUGUAAGAACAUGGAGGUGCCACUGGACAAAAUUUACAACAAAACCCUAAGGGAUAAGUUUGCCUGGGCUAUCGACAUGACUGAACAUGACUUUGUGUUCUCAGUGUGGUUUGUUUAUCUUCCAAUAUACCCCAGUAUUUUAUACAAAUGUACAUUUUAAUUGAAUCCGUUAACUGAA